AUGACUGGAGGAAAGUCCGGAGGCAAGGCCAGCGGCGCCAAGUCGGCUGCGCAAUCCCGUUCGUCCAAGGCCGGUCUCGCAUUCCCAGUUGGUCGUGUCCACCGUCUUCUCCGAAAGGGCAACUACGCCCAGCGUGUCGGUGCUGGUGCUCCCGUCUACCUCGCCGCUGUUCUUGAAUACCUGGCAGCUGAGAUCCUCGAGUUGGCCGGCAACGCCGCUCGUGACAACAAGAAGACCCGUAUCAUUCCUCGUCACCUCCAGCUCGCCAUCCGCAACGAUGAGGAGUUGAACAAGCUUCUGGGACACGUCACCAUUGCCCAGGGUGGUGUUCUGCCAAACAUUCACCAGAACCUUCUCCCCAAGAAGACCGCCGGCACCAAGGGUGGCAAGGGUUCUCAAGAGCUUUAG